AUGGAGAGUGCCGAUCAAUGCUUCCGAGCCUUGGUGGAUUGCCAUACUAGCAACGCUUGUCGACACCUUGGAAAUCCGCAGCCUGAGUCUCAGUCAGUUGAAAGAAUCUUGGAUUCAGGUAUUUCGAAUGGAAGUCACCUAUCUGUAUCCGGAGUCGCCCAACGAUUCGCACAAGAAGCAACCCGUUGCCUCUCACAAGAUGACUUCAUCCAAUUACUUACGUUUUUGAACAAUCCGAGGGCUGGCUGGAGAAAGACCGCAGAACAACUACAAAAGAGCCUUACAGAGAGACUGGAAAACUUCUACUCGGACGAGAUGAUCGAAUCAGGUCAAAAUCGUGACAGACUUGCAGCCCCAGAUGGUCCGCCAGACGCUGAUCUCGGCCUCAUUUUGCACAUUCAGAGUGAAGAAGAUACAAUCGGUCCCUUCUGGGAUCCCAGAAGUGUGACUAUAAGACUACUCGAGGAAAAAUAA